CAGUGGACCUAACUUAAGAUGGGAGAAUGUUACAGCGCCAACUCUGUAGUCCCACACUCGGAAAACUCAGAGAGCUACAGCACGGAGUCUGAAAAUUCAGCGGCAGAGGUAGAACAAAACAAUGAAGUAUUGCUUUCAGCCUCUGAAAGAACAAAAUCAAAACUGCUUGACCAAGUUUAUUGGCUGGAGGAAAAACUAGAAGCUGUGGAUCUUAAGGAAACCAGUAAGGUACCAUAUGAAGAAAUAGUUCUUAUGAAAGACCAGCAUAUUGAGAAGCUGCAAGCUGAAGUAAAGGCUUCCCAGAAACAACUUAAAGUCCAUAAACUACAGCACCAAAAAAGAGUGAAAAAGCUACAAAUUGAUUUGGCAACAACGAAGCAAGAGGCUGCCAUCGCGGUGCUGGAGCUCAAUGAAAAGAUAAAGACGCUCUGCGAGGGAGCGCCAACCCCUAGAGCAUCUGGGUUUUUGGAAGAGUGCUAUGAAGGUCUCCUACCAGUGGAAGAAGAAAACAGGAAAAUCAGCUUGAUUAUGGAGCUGUCAACACAGCUUUCCCUGCAGAGUGAGAAGAUCAUUCAGCUAGAAGCAGCUCUGGAAGAAAAGGAGAGGAAGAUUCAGCAGCUAGAAGCUGAGCGGGGUUGCCUUCUUUCCCAAGAGGUUGAGGAUACUCCACAGUGCUUAAAAGGAGCCCCAUUGUUCUCUACCAGAAUUAUUCCUGUGGUCUCACAUGAGAAUUUGUGA